GUAUCCGGAUCCCACCUACCGUUCCUUCUAGUUGAUGCUUUUACUCUAUUGUUCUUUUGCACACCUUUUCCUUUCCUAUAUUUAGAGAUUCAUUUUAUUUGAUUGUUCGGGUAUCGGAUCGAAACAAUGGAUUCAAGCACCAACGAAAUAUCGCACGAUUUCCCACCCUACUUCAGAGUAUUCAAAGAUGGCCGCGUGGAGAGACUGGGGAGGCACGCCGUCCCCGAACUUGCUCCCCCCGGCCUAGACCCCAAAACCCACGUCCAAACCAGAGACGUCGUCGUCUCAUCCGAAUCCGGCGUAUCGGCCCGCCUCUUCCUCCCAAAAAUCAGCCACCCAGAUCACAAGUUGCCACUUGUCGUUCACUACCACGGUGGAGCCUUCUGUGUUGGAUCGCCUUUCCACAGGGCCUUCCACAAUUUCCUUGUAUCUCUCGCCGCAGCGGCCAAUGCCUUCGUUAUCUCCGUUGACUAUAGGCUUGCCCCGGAGCACCCUCUACCAACCGGGCAUCAGGACUCGUGGGCCGCACUGCAGUGGAUCGCUACCCACUCGAAGGGUGAAGGACCCGACCCGUGGCUUAAAGAGCAUGCGGAUUUCGGGCGGGUUUUCUUGGCGGGGGAGAGCGCUGGGGCCAACAUAGCCCACUACGUGGCAGUUCAAGCUGGUGCCACUGAAUUGGUUGGCCCUAACAUUGUCGGGUCACUCAUACUGCACCCGUAUUUCGGUGGUAAAGAGCUAGAUGGACUUUACAGUUUUAUGUAUCCAACGGGCGCCGGGUUCAGUGACCCGAUGCUGUACCCGAAAGUGGAUCCGAAUCUGUCGCGUAUGGCUGGUGCGAAGGUGCUGGUUUGCGUGGCAGAUAAAGAUUGGUUGCGAGAUAGAGGGGUGGGUUACUGUGAAGCAGUGGGUAAGAGUGGGUGGGGUGGGACGGUGUCGUUUUAUGAGACGGAAGGUGAGGACCACGGCUUUUUUGUGUUGAAUCCGACUAGUGAGAAGGUGGAGCCGCUGCUUAAAGUCAUGGCUGAUUUCAUAAAUCUGGACUGACAGUUAUUUCGGUUGUCAUUUCAGUUUCAUCUGUAUUCAUUCUGGUCAACUCUCCGUUGUAUUUAUACUAUUGGUAUUGGUAAUUGUUUUUAAUUCAAGAAAGAAAUGGCUUGUGAAAAA